CACCAAGACAUCUAAGAUGAAUAAUACUACAAGGGCUGAGAGAAGAGGCUGCUGAAGAGACAUCUUCAAAGAGAUCUGUUGUACUGCCUCUAUGCUAAGCCUAGUGCCUGGGCCUUCAAGGGAACAGGAAGUGAGCUGCACAGGUGCUUCAUGAGGUGUCCUGGGUAACUGAAUCAACCAGGUGAGGAAAGGGGUGCUUGGCCAUCUCCUAGGACCAAGAGGGACCACCUAGGAGAGAUGACCAGCUGGAGAGUGAGGAGGGCACAGGAGCUGUUUUGAGUAGAGAAGGUGAUGAAGAGCCACCGGAAAGAAGACGGGUGUCACUGAGCAUGCACAGAGAAAAGGACAGUGCAGUCCUAGCCUCCUGCUUUGACCUUGGAUGGGUGAGAAACUGGCCAGCAACUCAGCAGACAAUGGAGAAAGAGAAAAGAAGUUCCUCUGAUCCCAGACCGGAGCAUGGUGAGAGGGUGGAGAUGUCUGCCCCGAGGCUGACUUCUAACAGAACAUCCCUGCAGCCAGCAUCUAAUGCUGAUUACACCUGGGAGUAUGAGUACUAUGAGAUUGGACCAGUGUCCUUCGAGGGACUGAAGGCUCAUAAGUAUUCCAUUGUGAUCGGAUUCUGGGUUGGUCUUGCGGUCUUUGUGAUUUUCAUGUUUUUCGUGCUGACUUUGCUGACGAAGACAGGUGCUCCACAUCAAGACAAUGCAGAGUCGUCAGAGAAGAGAUUCAGAAUGAACAGCUUUGUGUCAGACUUUGGGAAACCAAUGGAGUCAGAUAAGGUGUUCUCUCGUCAGGGUAACGAGGAGUCCAGGUCUCUCUUCCACUGUUAUAUCAAUGAAGUGGAACACUUGGACAGGGUCAAAGUCUGCCACCAAACAACAGCCAUCGACAGUGAUGUCCAACUCCAGGAAGCCAUCAGAAGCAGUGGGAGGUCUGAGGAGGAGCUGAGCAGGUUUAUGAAGUUUGACAUCCCCAACUUCGUGAACACGGACCAGAACUCCUUUGGGGAGGAUGAUCUUCUGAUUUCAGAACCACCUGUUCUUCUAGAAAAUAAGCCAGUUUCCCAGACUUCACGUAUAGACCUGGACUGAGAAAUGCUUGUGGGCACCUUCCUGAGGAUGUAUUCUGUCUCUGUAUAGCCAGAAACCUCCCCCUCCCCUUGGUGUGUGUGUGUGUGUGUGUGUGUGUGUGUGUGUGUGUGUGUGUGUGGAGAGAGAGAGAGAGAGAGAGAGAGAGAGAGAGAGAGAGAGAGAGAGAGAGAGGAUGAUAUUGAAAGUUUAAGAUCUAGGCUAGGGCUGGGACUUAGUGAUAGAGGUAUAGAGUUUGGAGAUGGAAGGCACCAUUUUGCUGUCUUUUUUGUAGGGGGGAGGUGGUAAGUUUUGUUUCUUUCCCUUUUUGGAUUAAAAACACACAGUAUUAAAGCUUCCUUAUUGAAAAAAUUGGCUACAUGUACAGUUGAGCUCCCCUGGGUGAGGGUUAGGUCACUGCAUUCUGAUCUAGCCCAUUGCCACCAUUCUUUGCCUCUAACAGCUGCUUUACUUCUCUGGACUGCAUGGCUUUAAAGGUAAGGCGGCAUAUCUGGAGUAGAUGACCCAUCCCAGCUCAAACAUUUUGUGACUUAGCAUCCAAGACGAGCUAACGCAUAUAGAAGCAGUAGAAAAUAGAACAUGGCAUCCUGGCUCUGACUGCAGGCUCUCCAGGUCUUGGUACCCUCCCUCCAGUCAGUCCUGCACUAGGUCAUAUGUUAGUUAGGGGAGCCUUCAGCAGGAGUCCAGGAGACUCACACACUGUGACAGUGCUUCUGCUGAGUGGCGCUGAGGCAGUUUAUCUGAGGAACGCCAUCCACCUGUGCUUUAAACCUGGGACAGCUCUGACCCCCGUGAGUGCCAGCCUAACGUACUUCACAAGCAUUUGAGCUCUCAAAAAAUGGUAGGGCAGAUUGUCACCUGGCUGAUUGGGUCCUUUCUGAGCAUCCCUGUGGUCACACUGCUGAACUAUUUGGCUGCAGAACAAGAUAUCGUUUGCCAUGCUGUCUGUCUGCUUUGGCGGGUGUGUAGAUGUUGACUGCCUGGCUUGGAGCUGAGAUGGUCAAUGGGUUGUAUGUACCACAGUAACAUGUUCAGGAUGGGGUGAUGUGAUGUUAACAUGAGCAAUAUGUUGUUCGUUUCACAAAGGAAUCAACCCUACUUUGCUGGCGUCAGAAACAACUCAGUCUUGCACACGGUGAGUUGUAUGCAUGGACAGCAGCUCGUCUCUGGGUAGCAUUGUCUUUGUGAUUUGUCAUUUGUCUUGCUUAAGUUGCAAAAUAAAUGCAUUUAUUGCACAGGAA